GAAAAAUCAAAUGGCGGGGCAUGUGCACACCCAUCCUGUGAGUUAUUCCCUUCUAAAAGCCUCCACCAUUUCUCCUCCUUUAUAUCCCCACACAUAAUAAUAAAUUUCAACUCAUCGUAUUAUAUUUUAGCAGAUUAAUGCAUUUGCUCUCUGCUUUACUGCGCUCUUCAGAAGGAUACACAGCAACAGCAGACGAAGAAGAAUAACAGCUGAGUCCAUUACCUGAAUCUGAAGCCCCACAGCUUUCAAAUCGCCGAUUUCACAGAAAAAGCAGCGCCGAAGAUGACGUCAUCUCUGCUUUGGGCCAAUCCUGUUGUGAAUUCCGAUCGGCCGUCGUCAACGAGGAGGAAGAAGAAUAAGAAGAAAAUCCCGACCCAAAAUCCGGCCGAUGACCAACAGAAUCCGCGGAUCGAGUGGAAAUCCGACGCCCAGCAGCAAAUCUACUCGUCGAAGCUGCUCCAAGCGCUGCGCCAGAUCCGGCAGGGCGGCGCCGCCCCGCGGCGGGUGCACGAGGCGGCGGACAGAGUCCUGGCGGUGACAGCGAGGGGCCGGACGCGGUGGAGCCGCGCGAUACUCACGAACCGGCUGAAGCUGAAGUUCUUGAAGAAGAACAACACUGCUAAGCGGCAGACCCGGGUGUUGACGGUGGUCACCGGCGGCCGGAUGCAGAGGAAAUCGAAGCUGCAGAUCUCGAGCUUGAGGUCCAAGUCGCUACCGGCGGUCCAGCGCAAGGCGCGCGUACUGAGCCGGCUGGUCCCCGGCUGCCGGAAAGAGUCGUUUCCGGUGGUUCUGGAAGAGGCCACCGAUUACAUAGCCGCGCUUGAGAUGCAGGUUAGAGCAAUGAGUGCAUUAGCUGAACUACUUUCAGUUUCGGGCUCCACUUCUUCCAACCCGGGUUCAUCCAAUGUUAAUCCUUUUGGCUUCGGUUCGAGCUCAGGCUCAAGUCGAACUUCCCCACCCACAUAAUUUGAAAUUUUCACUUUUUUUAAUAUUUUGUUAAUUGUUGGCAUUAAAUACACACUCCAUAUGAAUAUUCCAAUGUGAAAUACGAAUUUUCUUUAAAAAGUAGGAGUUUGUGAUAAAGUUUUGUAAUGGGACGAAUUGUGUUAUAUAAACUCAUGAAGUGAAAAAAAAAA